GUGGACAUGCUUCUCCAGGAAUUGAACCACGAUGGACCUGCUCCCGAGCCUACAAAUCCCGACGGCUCAUCGCCUGACGAAUCCCCCGUAAAACCGCUCAACUACCAAACACAAAAACAGCCUGGAUCUCCGCGCGACCAGAAAACGGCCCUGGGCCCGAAUGUCACCGAUCGCGAGUAUCACGCAGACCCGCUCAGAAAGGACUUCAACUCUUCGUCAGACACAUACGUCAGUGACCACGACGAGGGGGAGAAUCUCAGCCGCAAUCUUCAGGAGGGCGAGGAGGCCGACAUUCUUUCCGGAAACGACCCCGAGCUGCAGGAGCCACAUGCAACAGCCGUGUCCCCAAGCAAAAGCAUCAUGAAAUCGUCUGUUUCAUCGGGCUCUCCCAAAAAGUCGGUGGUUUUCCAGCCUUCCCUUGACACAUUCCACACAUACACGCCCAAAGACCCGGAGCCGUCGCCGCCAGCGGAACCCGCGGCGUUUUUCAAUCAUCUGUGGCAGGAGGUGGACCAAUUAGCCACGUCUCACGACACCACUGCCUCUCCCCCGGCACCGCCUCCACAUACUUCCAGCACGAUAACCGGACUCUUGACCCCGAGCAGGGAUUAUCUUUCGAGCGACGACGAGGCCAGUUCCCAAGAGUCUGCGGAUGUCGACUCGAUGAGGAAGCCUGUAAACAGGCAUUCAAGCUUGGCUUUGGAGGAGAACCCUGAUGUUUUCUUGACGCCUGCGUUGCAGUCCCAAAACGAUGACUUGGACAAUCACCUCGAGCAGUUGGAAAAGGCCAAGACGGAAGAAACCGGCGUGAACAUCCAUCGUUUAUCCUACCAUAUGGAGGACUACAACCCACGCCUCGAGAACAACCCCUUCAGUGCUUUGUCUAACUCGCUGAAGCUAUAUGUUAACUCUGCGCACUCCUCGCAGUCAUCCCUCCAGUCAUUGAUGGACUCCAACAGGCAGCUUCCGGCAGAGACAAUAGAAAAGAAGUCGAGAGGAAUCCAAUUCAAUGAUGGCAUAAAAGGCUUCCCGGAUACCGUGGCCAAUCUGUUGAUACCUUUACCAGGUGCAGAAGAAGAUUCGCUAUCUGACUCUUCGAGCGUCGGGUCUCAGUUCUCGUUCCUGCAAAUGAAGACGGAACCAAGCCGACAUCCUGAUCAUUCUUACGACCAAUCCUACAAUCUGACUGAAAAGUCCAUUCUCAACUUGUUAACCUCAGCAUCCAACUUGGACCUUUCUGAUGGGCAACUUAUAAAAACCGAGCCGCAUGAGGAAAAAGCAAGUCUGAACUUGAAGCAAGAGCCCAUCGAACCGAAUUCUACCGAGAAUAACACCAUAAUGACUCCCCGGUCCAUCAAAUCAGAAUCUCCAGAAAUUGAGGUCAAACAGGAACAGGAGAAGGAACUGGCAUUUUCACCUGAACCUCUCUCGUCAGACGAAAAGGACAAUGAAACAUAUGUUAAAAGGGAAGAACAAGUGAAUACUCCUCAGGUCAAAUCGGCGCCUGAUGAAAACGAGGUGCUGGAAGGAUGCGAUGACGAAUACUCUUUUCAGAGUUUAGCGCCACCGCGAUCAGAAGUAAAAGAAUCUCAGCUGCCACAGAAAUUGCCUUGUCAAGCAGACGACAUAGCAGAUGCAUACGAAAAAAGGAACCCUUCUUCAAUUCAGGAUUAUGACAGUAGCGUCCUAGCAAACUCAUCCAACAUUACCCCUCCUAUGAACAUGAAAUUGCCUGUUACUGACACUGGUGACGAUGCAUUCGCUGAUUUGACCCAGAGGCUCAACGAGAAUAGCAAGUCUUUUGAAGAAUCAUUAUCAGCAGAGCAUGAUGUGGUAAAAACCCCUGCGAACUUUCUUUCAAUUUGGCAUUCUCAGCUGUUGGGUCGCCGGGUCAAAAAGCCUGUCUCAACCUUUUACAAGGUGCCAUCUAUUCUGACAUACAAUACUGCUGAUCUUUCACAAGGUGAAAAAUACCACAUACCGCCUUCUUUGCAGCCCAAAAAGUUCACGGACGUCAAUCUUGUCUCCACCAGAGUCGUGAGUCUGUCCUUUGAAGACUUGAAUGUUUCAGCCUUCUUACCUGAACUUUCCCAAGACUCUGGUAUUGAAGAUCAUUUUAGAAGCUUAAUGAAGGAUCAGGCGAAAUUGGAGAUUGAAGGGUCUGUUGGUAGUAUGAACGGAGAAAACUCACAGCGGAGAAAAAGUCUCGAGUCUCUGAGCUUCCUUUCGGACCUCGAAAGAACAAAUUCUCGUGAGAAUUUCGCAAUGGCCCUGAGGAGAAAAUCGUUGAAUGGAACUUUGAGACCUGGUGUGAUUCUGAAUUCUCGAAAAGAUAGCAUAAGCACCAAGAGAUCCAAGUUCCACGUGCCGUCUUUUGAAAUUAAGAGAUCCAACUCGAUUUUGUCACCCAAAAACCAGUACAAUGACAUAUUCCUGGAUGGAAAAUAUGUUGCCCCAACUAUAAAAGCACCCGGAAUGAAGACCUUGCCAAGCUUGGAUCGUGAUGAUGUGAAAAGGAUCAUGCAAAUGAAGCAAGCCAUGUCCUUGGAGGAGUAUUCAGGGCUAAAAAAAGUCGGUGCCCCCGUGUCUGCUACUCAGCACAAGCCCAGCAACAAGCAUGCAGCACUUCAACAGCGUGCUUCAAUAUACUGCGAUUCAUUGGCCUCUAACUCUGCUACUGCAGCUGCAAAAUUCCGUGUCCAUCCCCAAGGUAUGAAUAGACCGCUUGUUGACCCGUCUCAAGUUCUCACAAACAUUUCUGAUGAAUCCAGUGCAAGGAGAAGGCCUUUGAGCUUCGCUCCGCAUGGGUUUGAUCAAGGUCCCAGGAAGCCUGUUGUGAUGAGUGAUCAGGAAAACCAUCUCUCAAACGAGGAGGUCAACCAGGUUUCGAACACUCCAGCAAUCGAGGUCAACGACUCGGAUGAAACGUCACUCCCUGACCCAUUCCCUAAUUUUGUCAAAAUAAGUCCCGAAAGAAAGCCUGUUGCAACGUCAUCCGAUCAGAACACGAAGUCAACCAGAAGUUCCCCAAUCAAAAUCAGCUCGCCAGUGAAAGUUGUGAAGCAGAAUGGGUCAGUUACAGGCAUUGUGCUUGAUCGAAAAACAAAGGAUGUCAAGAUUUCCAACGAAAUCCCAAACAAGAAGCUAAGGACCGAUAAAAGUCACUUGAGUGCAGUUUCCGUCCCAUCCAACAUUACUAGCGAUAGAUCAACUUUCCAUGGUGCCCAGAGUGAUGCUAGUAUAGAUCGCACUGAUUCCGUGAAAGCUCGGUCGAGGAAAAGCAUAGUUACAGACAUGCCAGAUGAAAUGGGUAAGCUUUUUUUCCGAGUGGUUGGCUUGAAGAAUGUCAAUGUUGGCGAAGUUAAGGACAGGAAUGCUGAAUUCACCAUCACUUUGGAUAAUGGAAUCCAUUGUAUCAAGACGCCUGACUACCAACUAGACGUGAGCAGAGUGAUGAUUGAUAAGGAGUUCGAGCUAUCUGUAUCGGAGCUGUUGGAGUUCAUCUUGACUCUCAAGGCUACGUAUGCAAAGGCCAAGCCGACUUACAAAGAGAUCAAGGAAAGAAAAGUGGUGAAGUCCAAGAACAAAAUUGGAAGACUUUUUGGAUCCAAAGAGAUCAUAACGACCACGAAAUAUGUGCCCCAGAACGGAGUGGAUCCUUUGGACAGCCUAUUUGCCACUGAUGGCUCAUUUGCUAGAUGCUACGUGGAUUUGGAUCUGUACAAGAGCCAGAUAACAGGGCAGGUGUGCACGUACAAUCUCAUCUGCUACAACGAAUGGGCCACAUACACUCACAACGGAGAGAAAAUCGUGAAGCAACCUUAUCCAAUCGCUCAGCUUGAAGUGAAGAUGCUCUACGUGCCUCGGAGAGAGAAAUACGAGAUCUUACCAACGAGCAUCAAAUCAGCGUACGAGAGCUUGCAUGACUUGAGGAGCGAGAUGUACAUGGCCCUAGAGGGGUACUUGCAUCAAGAAGGCGGAGAUUGCGAAACGUGGAAGCGCCGGUGGUUCAAGCUCCAGGGCACGUCUUUGAUAGCGCACAGUGAGUAUUCCCACAAAACCAGAGCGAAAAUCAAUUUGGCCAAGGUGGCGGAGGUGAUUUAUGUCAACGAAGAGAACAUUGGGCUUCCAUCGUCCAGCUACAGGAAUUUCAGUGACAUCUUGUUGAUGGGGAACUCGUUCAAAAUCAGGUUCGCGAACGGCGAGACCAUCGACUUCGGCGCGCCCUCAAAGACAGAGAAAGCUCUCUGGAUCAGGACCAUCCAGGAGAUCGUGUACCGCAACAAGUUCCGGCGCCAGCCAUGGGUCAUGUUGAUGCAGGAGAAGAAUGGCGACAGGAGAAAACUGUUGGUGGAGAGUUGA